ACAACCAUGAAGCUGAUCGUUGUCGCCAUCAUUGCGUGCAUCCUGCUCAUUGGAUUCUCUGAUCUUGCCUCCGGAUCCGACACGUGUCCAUGUGUCCUUUGUGGACCUGGUGGCAAGGCGUGUGAUCAGUGUCCUGAACGGGUUCCCCUCUGCAAGGAUAUGAUCAGCAUUUUGGAAGAUGUCGAGCGAAAGGUGCGUCUGUGCGUCUGCGGAGAACAAACUUGGAUGCUCUAG